CAACGCCUUCCAUUCUUCUGCACCGAAUCCAAUAAUUAAAUCGAAUAAGUGUGUAGAAAAAGGAAUAGAGAAUGGUGGAUUAGGUGUGGGAUCGAACAGGAUGGAAUAAUCACCCCAAAAAGCCCGAGAUUUAAUCUGGCGAAGGUGGAAAGCCUCUUUGAAUGAAAGCUUAAAGCUACCGACAAGCGGUCAAAAAAACUAAUAAUGGCGUAAUCCAACUAUUGUUGGUGCUUCGUUCUCCUCGCCCACCCGAACUGGUAAAGAGGAUAAAGAAGUGAGACGACAGCAAGCAACAGCGCUGGUCCCUCCACCACCAACCCUCAUCACCUCCUCCUCCUCCUCCUCCACCGCCUCCACGCUUGUUCGGUAUCUCUCCAUUUCCCUUCGGUUGAACUCCACUUCCUGCUCCCCUUCGAAAGCCACACCGCACCACCUCGACCCUCCCUUCGAGGGGGAUUUAAGCUGGCUCCCAUGCCGGAGCUCAGGCCAUGUACUUUCGGCUGUUGCCCCGCUUCUUCUCGUCACAUGAAGCUCCUGCCCAGAAGAGCUCACCUCCGCCACCACCAUGACAAGGCUCUCCUGCUCAAGAAGUACUACAAGUGGAUCCUUUGGUCGGCUCUCUCCAUUUACCUCUUCUUCUCCACCUCCUCCUCUUCCUCCUCCUCCUCUUUGUUCCGACCUCUUCCACUUCGAACCAGUCUUCCUCUUAAAACUACUCCCCGAGCUCUGGCGGAAGCCCAGCAGCUCUCCUCCUUCACCACCUCUUCUGCUGCUGCUGCUCUUAGAAUAUAUGUUUACGAGCUACCUUCGAGCUACAACAGGGACUGGUUGUCCAACCCGAGGUGCCGCAACCACCUGUUCGCGUCGGAGGUGGCGAUCCACGAGGCGCUGCUCGAGUACCCCGGCCGCGUCUUCGACCCGAAUGAGGCCGACUUCUUCUUCGUCCCCGUUUACGUCUCCUGCAACUUCAGCACCCCCAACGGCUUCCCCGCCCUCCACCACGCCCGCCCUCUCAUCUCCUCCGCCGUCCGUUUCAUCUCCGCCGGCCUCCCCUUCUGGAAUCGCUCCCGCGGCCGCGACCACGUCUUCGUCGCCUCCCACGACUUCGGCGCCUGCUUCCACGCCAUGGAAGACGUGGCGAUCGCUGAUGGGAUACCGGAAUUCAUGAGGGAAUCCAUCAUCCUGCAAACCUUCGGGGUGAGCUCGCCGCACCCGUGCCAGCAGGCGGAGAACGUCCUGAUCCCGCCUUACGUGACGCCGGACAUCGAAGAGCAGUGGCCAGCGCCCGAGAAGGCCAAGCGCGACAUCUUCGCCUUCUUCCGCGGCAAGAUGGAGGUUCAUCCCAAGAACAUCAGCGGCCGCUUCUACAGCAAGAGGGUGAGGACGGAGAUACUGCGGCGGUACGGCGGGAACAAGAAGUUCUACCUGCAGCGGAAGCGGUUCGACGGGUACCGGGCGGAGAUUGCGCGUUCCGUGUUCUGCCUGUGCCCGCUGGGGUGGGCGCCGUGGAGCCCACGGCUUGUGGAGGCGGUGGCGCUGGGCUGCGUGCCGGUGGUCAUCGCGGACGGCAUCCGGCUUCCGUUCCCGGAGGCGGUGCGGUGGCCUGAGAUAUCGCUGUCGGUAGCGGAGGCGGACGUCGGGCGGCUGGAGGAGGUACUGGACCGGGUGGCAGCCACCAAUCUGUCGGCAGUCCAGCGGAACCUGUGGGAUCCGGCGCGGCGGAACGCGCUGCUGUUCCACCAGCCGAUGGCGGCGGGGGACGCGACAUGGCACGCGCUGCGGGCGCUCGAGGGGAAGCUCGGCCGAUCUUGGCAGCGGCGGCGGCGGCAGCCGGGGGACGCGGCAUGGAGGUAAGCUCGCCGGCGUUGCUCGAGUCGGUGGAAGACAGCUGGUGGUUGCGUGGAGGACGCCGGUUGUCGCGUUCGAGAGCAGUCGAUACGGGGGCGGGGCUUUCGGUGCGGCGGCGGCGUCUUCGUUGAAUUAUCCACCGCCCUUGCACGAUAUAUUUUGAUGUAGUAUCCAUCAAUCUUAUUAUUUUGUGGGUAUUUUUAUUGGUGGAGGCAACAGUGUUUUAAGUGGUGGAGUGUUUGAAAUGGUGUACGGUGGAUCCAAUUUGACCUAAAUGUACUCAUUUUGUGAGGA